UGCCGCCAGAGACUUUACAGAACUCGACGGGAUUAUAGUUUCCCAGUUGACGUGUACUCAUACGGGAUUGUGUUGUAUGAGACGUACGUAGAACGCAAUGCAUACGAUGCCGACGAGAAAUUUAACCAACCGUGGACUAUUCCACAAUUUGUCAUUGAAGGAAAUCGACUCCCCAAACCGGAUGGAAUUCCAGAAAACUAUUGGGAGUUGACUACAAAAUGCUGGUCGCAAAGUCCAGCGGAUAGACCGACGUUUGUCGACAUUCUGAAGACAAUUGAAUCUUGGGGAGAGAACAUCCGAUAUGCCUUCAGUGCGGACGCUGACAAGAAAUUGCUUGGGAGUGAAGGGUCAAGCUCAACGAGUGUGCCUUCAAGUGCUCAGGAACAUUCCACCUCAAAUUCACAAAACAUUCCUUCGAAGUCUGAAGAACACACUUCUGGCUCGGACAAAAAGUCGUCGAACAAAAGCAGUAUAAAACUUGAAGAGAAUAAACCUGGCGAAUUGAAGGAAGUAGUCCUCACUAAGCAGAUCAAGAGAUCCGAGAGCUCAAGCUCAUCAUCUGAUGAUUAA